AUGUCCGACAAAAUUACCUCCUCCACCUCCUCGGCCCCCUCCAACAACCCCUCCUCCCCCAACAUCAACCCCCAGCAAACCUCCAACGUCCCCACCGGCGCUGGCGUCGACACUGGCGCCGGUGUCACCCGCCCCAAGACCGAAGCCGAAAAGGAGGCAGACAGGAAGUACGAAGAGGCCAUGGAGGAGGAGUACGCCAAGCGGGAGGGUGGUGCCUAA